CUUUGUAACUCACAAAAUUUACACAAAGGUUUGUGUAUGUGAAACAAUGGACAGCUCAUUCAUGGGGAAUCUCACAGAGAGUGUCAAUCGACUAACGCCAGCAUCGAUUGCCAUCUCAGUCGCUGUCUUGUUGGGCAGUCUCAUCACCAUUUGGCUUCAAAAUGGCUCUUCAACGCCAAAAGAGCUUCGCAAUCUUCGACGAGAAGGCGUGUCUUCAAGCAACAUGAAUGACCAAACCGAUUCCAAAUAUGACCUUCCCGAGAAGAACGAAAGCAGUGGCCCAAUCCGCGUCAAAGCGAUCUUCGUGCAUCCCAUCAAAUCUUGCGCGCCGGUCGAAUUGAACCGAGCGCAGCUCAUCAAGAGUGGCUUCGUCUGGGACCGUUGCUUUGCUCUGGCAACGGAAGUCAAUCGGGCAGAAUCAGAAGGUGGUCCAGUAUGGCGAUUCAUCAGUCAGCGCACUAAACCGCUCAUGUCGCAGAUAAAGACCGAACUGUGGCUAAGACCUGAAGGUCGCGAUGCGCAAUCUUCGUUCGAUCCAGUGGGAUGUCUCGUCUUCAAGUUCCCGGACCCAGAUCCUUUGAGUCUGCUGGACCAGCUCAAAGCACUGCUUUUUUCUCACCAAAAGACAAUUUCCGCUGUUGUACCGCUGUCUCCUGGUGAAAGCUAUCUCAAAAAGUAUGGAAUCACCAUGAAGAGAUUCGCCAUUCAUUCACGAGAAGCAGAGGGCCUGGAUAUGGGAAAUGCACCCUCAAUUGCUGACGCACUCCCCAAACUCAAGCGCUUUCUCAACAUCCCCAAUCAUCAGAAUCUUACACUUUUGCGAUGCACACCAAACACUCUCGUGCCAACGGAGAAGAACCUCGCACCGUUGGAACACAUUGGCAAACCGGCUAUUCAUGGUUACACAGACCAACAACCCGUGAAUGUGAACAAUCUCGCCUCCGUCCACGCCGUUUCCGCCUUUCUCCCCAAAGAAAACCAACCUCUCAAUGCGCUUCGCUUCCGCGCGAAUAUUUGGAUCACAGGUGCUCCAGCGUUUGAUGAAGAAACAUGGAAACGAUAUCGCAUUGUGCCAAAACAACAAGAUGCAGCCUCCCCUUCACUCUCUGUCGUUUGCCGGACAUCGCGCUGCACAUUGCCGAACGUGGAUCCUCUCACUGGCAAAUUCGACACCGACAAACCGGGUGGUGGCAGAACGAGAGGGAAUGCGCAGCCUAGCUCGACGCUUGUCAAGCACCGAACGGUCGAGGAUGGAAACCCAAGGGCUCUGGGGUACCUUGGCAUGCACUGUGUGCCGGAGAAUGCAGGCCUGCAGCAGGCUGAGGACAGCAUUGAGAAUCUGUAUGUUCAAGUUGGUGAUGAGAUUGAAGUUCUCGAGCGCGGAGUUCAUUUAUACGGAUCGACUGCCAAUGACUACUAGCCCCGAGUCUCACCACAAGCAAUUACCACCAGCCCGGAAAUCUCAAAACAAGAAACCUACACAAGAACUCUCCGUUGCAAGGUCAGUAUCCCUACCAUCGACAUCCUUGUCUAGCGCAGGCGAUCAAUCUUACAAAAAGCCACACUCGAUGCCAAGCCAACGCCUGUGUUACCAUGUAAGCGGUAAAGACGUGUUGAUAGGCUAUCUUGCUCUUGGUGAUUGGACAACGGGUGUUGUGCGGGGAUGUAUGGCGUUUUGUUUGAGUCUGGCUGUUGGGUCAUGGUCGAAUUCGCACGCGAUGGAUCUUUAUUAUUAAAGGCUUAAAGAGAUUUUAUCCUGGAAUUGUUGAGGUCAUAAUUGAAAAGCCGAGUGCUGUGAAGGGAUUGUAAGAAAUUACGAGUGCUUCGACUUCUUGGAAGUUCAUACUGAGACCUGCAGGACAGCUCCUCAGAUAUAUUACCACAG